AUGCGAUGCUCCGAAUCCACUCCGUCGACCAGAGCAAAGACAGUGAACAGCAGAAAGGGACCCAAAUUAGUACAGACAAUGCGGAGCGGCAAAGCUGAGAGGAGGCGGCUGGCUACGAGCUUUGAAGAGCCCCACGACCGACCUACCGACCGACCAACCAACACCACCGCCAUCGCCAUCAUGUCAUGUUCUGUGGGUGUCUUCAAAAACAAUGGAGGCUGA